AUGCAGAGAAUAUUAGAGAAGAAACACUUCAGAAACAAACAGAAAGAGAUAGAAUACAUUUCGAAGAAAUUGCAAUCUUACGAUUGGAAGACUUACCCUCAUAGAUGUCUUCUUAUCUUAGAUGACUUUGCUUCUCAUCCUUUGUUAAAGAACAGAGAACAAGACAUGUGUCGAAUUCUCAAGAAGCUCAGACACUUUAACAUCUCAGUUGUCAUUUGUGUACAGACAGCAAAGAGUUUAAGUAAGGAUGUUAAAAGAAUACUUACUGAUAUCAUACUUUUCCCUGGAUUGUCCGAAGACGAUUUCAUGGAACUUAUGAAAGAGUCCAUGGCAGGUAAGUUUGACAGACAUGAACUAUGGGAGAAGUACAAAGUCAUACAAGACCCUCAUACUUCUUUCAGAAUUCAUAUCUACGCAAACAAAGUUCAAAUUGUAAAAAGUCAAGCUUGA